UUUUGUCCACACUUCAUUCUUGUUGUUGUGGAUUAACUAGUUCUGUUCCUUUUCUUCAAAUUUUCCGCACGCGUUUUAGGUACCCAAUUUAGGAUUAGGUCGGUCUCCUAAAAUGGGUGGUUAUAAGUACGUGCAAGAAGUCUAUAGAAAGAAGCAGAGUGAUGUGCUUCGUUAUUUGUUGCGUAUUCGCGUUUGGCAAUACAGACAAAUGACGCGCGUGCACCGUGCGCCUCGUCCAACUAGACCCGACAAAGCUAGACGAUUGGGAUAUAAGGCCAAACAAGGAUUUUCCAUAUUCCGAGUGCGUAUCAGGCGUGGUGGUCGCAAACGUCCAGUACCUAAAGGUGCUACCUAUGGUAAACCCAAAAGUCAUGGAGUCAAUGAAUUGAAACCUAAGCGGUGUCUGCAAUCAAUUGCCGAGGAAAGAGUUGGUCGUCGUUGUGGAGGUCUCCGUGUCCUUAACUCUUACUGGGUAGGACAAGACUCAACUUUCAAAUUCUACGAAGUUAUCACUGUUGACACUGCACACCCAGCUAUUCGUAGAGAUCCCAAGGUCAACUGGAUAUGUAACGCAGUUCACAAGCACAGAGAAUUGCGUGGUAAAACUUCUGCUGGCCGUAAAUCUCGUGGUCUUGGAAAAGGUCAUGGUUUCUCACAAACAACUGGUGGAUCAAGAAAAGCAUGUUGGAAGCGCAAGAACACCUUGCAACUUCACAGAAAACGAUAGACCCAUUAUUAUAUACUUUUUUGUAUUGCGUUUAUUUGGCAACAUUGUAUGUAUAAUAAAAUGGUGAUUUAUCUUAUGAUGUUCCA